CUAAGGACGGGGUUAGCCAAAGAGAAGGCUAGAUAUAAGCAGUUAUGGAAGAUAAAUUGCCAUCAACUGAGCACACAUGAAGAGGAACAGAGUGAAAAAGACGCCCAGAUAUUCAACCUCCAGGAAAGGACAGAGAGCCUGGGGGCGGUAGGCAGGGCGUUCUCUGACGAGAGGCGACCCUUGCCAGAGAGCCUGGGGGCAGUAGGCAGGGCGUUCUCUGACGAGAGGCGACCCUUGCCGAUUGCCAGUAGAAGGGAGAGACGACCCGUUCCAGAUCACAGUACAACUGAGAGAGGACCCGUCCCAGAUACCAGACUGACUCUGGAUACUCGUAGCCCAGUAUACUGGUAAAAGGAGGGGCAAGGCUCCACCAAUAGACCCUUUCACCGGCGAGGAUCCAGAAAUAAGGUUCCAGGAUUGGCUACCUGCAUUGAUCCGGACAUCGAAGUGGAAUCAAUGGACUACUGACGUCAAUGGACUACUGACGAAGACUUGAUGCAGUUGGCAGGACAUCUCCGUGGACGUGCCCUACACGAGUGGGAGCUGAUGGAGGAGAGUGAUAAGUGUGAUUGGUCUAGGGCUAGUGACAUAUUGUGUACUCGAUUAGACCCUAGUCAUAAGAUCAUGGCAGCCCAAGAUUUUAGGCACACCAUGCAGGGGGAGGCUGAGUGUGUGUCUGAUUUUAUCAGGCGAAUGGAGCAAGCAUUUAGAAUCACAUACAACACGAAGGAGAUCAGCCAAGAGACAAGAGAGGCUUUCCUCUAUGGUCAGUUACAAGAGGGCCUGAGGAAUGACAUUAUGCAGAGCCCUGCAGUUUCAGGUGCAUUGGCUUACCAUGAGCUCUGUAUGGCAGCCAGGAAUGAAGAAAAAAGAAAAGCUGAACUGAGAAAACGGAAAUCUUACCACUCCCACACCGGCCUAACACCAGCACCGAGGAAGGACUUCGGAAAGAGACUGUCCAGAUUUGAACCCAGCCGAAACUUCAUACGAGAUACAUGUUUCAAAUGUGGAAAACUAGGACAUAGAGCCAGUCGUAUGCUACAUUUGUCAUGAACCGGGACACAUAGCUAAAAACUGCAAGCAAUCGAAAAGCGAGAGUAAUGGCAGAAAAGUCACUAACCGCCAAGUAAUUGUCGAAGGAGAAGAAACUCAUUAUGCAGCCAUGGGGCUACUCGACUCCGACUCCAACUCCGAUUCUGAGUACGAUGAUGAGGUUGGCCUCAUCCACGUACCGAGUACAAGCAGCCAGCCUAGGUGUGCUCAAGUCGGGAUUCAAGGUGUCCAGGCAUGCGGCAUUGUGGAUACAGGCGCAGAUAUCACCAUCAUAGGACGAGACCUGUUCACUACGAUAGCUACGGCUAACAAGCUUAAGAAAAGAGACCUUAAAAAACCGGACAAAGUACCAAAGACCUACGAUAAACAAAUGUUCAAACUUGAUGGCAGGCUCUAUCUCGAAGUGUCUUUUGAAGGCAAGACUAUAACUACCAGUGUGUAUGUAAAGCUAGAUGCUUAUGACCAGUUACUGCUGUCAGAGAGAGUGUGUCACAACUUGGGGAUAGUGAAUUACCAUCUAGCAGUGGUACCGUAUGCUAGGACCAAGGAAAGGAAACGGGCUGUAACCCCCAAGACCUCCAACUGUGUGACUGAUCCUGAGGCGGUGGAACUCCAGACCGUGCGCGUACAAUUGGUACAAGCUGUUACUGUGCUGCCUUAUCAAGCAGUCCUGGUUCCAGUGGUGUGCGACCAAGAGAUGCAAAGUACGGCUGUAUUCGAACCCAAGAGUCUAAGUGAUGAAGGAGUGAUCGUUGAACCAGCCUUAAUCCAACCAAAUGAGCCUGUUUACGUGCGUGUAGCUAAUGCCACAGGCUAUACACAAGAUUUGAGCAAGAACCUCGAAAUGGGACUAGCCACGGAAGCUAGUGUAGUUGCGGACUCCACUCCAAUCAUCAAUGUCGUGACGAGUGAACCACCAGAAAUGGCAAUCGAGGCCACGUACAAGCCAAAUGGAGACACUUUUCCACGACAAACUCACGUUAUCGGAACAGCAGCAGAGAAACCUGAUUGA